CCGACAUUUGGCGUUUGUUAGGCCUGUGAACAUCUCUAAUCUCGUGCUUUGUCUUUAUUUACGUCUUGGCAACUGUUGUCAUGGAGUCGUUGUUCUUCCUCCUCCUGCUGGGUGUCGCGGGACGGCUGGGCAGCGCGGUCCCUGUGACCCCUGACCUGGCCUACAUAAGGAACGGAACCUGUCUGGAUGCGCGUCCUCCGGCUUCGCUUAGCUACGGACAGUUCGCAGGUCGCUGGGUCGAAGUUUCGUCUCGUCCGAAUGUGUUCAGGCAGGCGAGACAAUGCGUUAAUAUGCAUUUUAUCAUCACUGAAGACACGCCUCUGCGCAUCACAACAGGUAUCGACAACAACCACGAACUGACUGAGGUGGUGACUCGAAUGCGACCCCAGGAAACCCAGUCUGCAUUCAUAGUUGAACUUCAUGGUCUGGAAACGGGCACGUUCGUUGUUCUUGAUACCGACUACGACAGCCUUGCUUGCGUGUACCAAUGUCAGCAAGCCACAGAGAGUGCCAAGGUAGAAUGGGCUUACGUCUAUGCCAGGAACCUUGAACAGGCUGAAGAGGCCGAGAAAAGGUGUAGGAAAGUCUUUUUAUCGAGAGGCUUCGACGUCGAAUCUCUAGUCAGAUCACCGCAUCCGGACGAGACCUGCAACACCGCGAUCUAGUCGAGUCUUCAUUUUAUUGUUAUUGUUAAUGUUAUUUUUUCGCAUGUUGUUGUCUAUUAUUUAUUCUAAUUGUACCGUUUGUCUAAGAUAUAUAAAACAGAUGUCGAUCUUG